UUGCUUCUUCGAAUGUCUAUCAGCGAAAAUCGUCCGAUUGCAUUAUCAAGCAUUUCGUUGGGAGUUUCGUUCUGCAGUGGUUCAUUCAAUCUGUGGAGUGCCGCUAAUAAUCAAGUUGAUAGAGUAACAAUUAAUGAUUCUGAAUGAUGCUUGUUAUGAGUAAUUGGAUAGACAUGUGAAUCAUAAUAAUUGCCGGGGUAAUUGUUUUUCAUUGUUACUUUGUGGGAGUCCAGAGACAAAGAACAGGAGGUGCGGUGAAGUAUGGCCGAGGGGUUUGAGGAAAACGUCAGGAAGAGGAAGUCUCUCUGGGGGAGGAUUAAAAAUGUCCCGGAGAACGUCGCCACUGGGGUCCAGCAUUUCUUCUACAGAUUGGGCUUGAAUAUCGCCCGAUCACCGAUGCAAUGGAUUGCUGGAAGUACCAUAGUCGUAUUGUUAUGCCUCUCUGGUCUCUAUCGCUUUCGGCAAGAGAAGAAUCCUCUGAAAUUAUGGGUACCACCAGAUUCGGACUUUGUGAGGGACACGGAGUGGCUCCUGGCAAACUUCGAUGAGGGGCAGAGGACAGAGACCAUUAUUCUCACUGCUGACAAUGUUUUAGAUCCUGAUGUGCUCUAUGAGUUGAAUGAAAUUACUAAACGAAUUUUAUCAGUACAGACGAGGAAGAAGCCAAUAUUAGCAUGGACAGACGUUUGUUUUAAGGUCCCCCUAAUCGCAGAAUAUACGAUACGUAACAAACGUGGGAUAGACGACGAUUUCUUCGACGAAGAGCCGAUAGUGAAAAUGAACAAAACGAAGUUUGAAGCGAGUGUUCACGCACCCAGUGACAUUUACUGCAAAAUCUUCAAUAGUUUCUCCAAGGGAUGUCUGCUAUUCAGCAUCCUGGAUCUAUGGAACUUUGACUCUGAUCUCAUUAGGAUCCAAACCAGACGAGAUAUCAUACACAAAUUGCAUUCGGCUAAGCUGAGUCCCACCUUGGGACACCCCAUGAAUUUUUCUGAAUUGUUAGGGGGAAUUGAGACUGACUACAUGGGCAGAAUCGUCUCUGCCAAGGCUGUGAAGACGUUGUGGAUGGUCCACAUUAAUUUUACGAAUAUCAACAUGGGGGAGAGUGGAAAUGACGUUGGAACUGCUGACUGGGCCUCAAUUGACGUCUUAAACUGGGAAUCAGAGUUCGUGAAAGAACUCCAGACAAAUGCUCAACGUUUGAAGGAUCAAAAUCCAUUCAAUCGAAGUAUUGAAUUAUUUUAUGAAGCUGGGAGAAGCUUUGGGGACGUCAGCUCCUCAACAAUGUUCCAAGAUGUUACUAAACUUAUGAUAGGAAUCAUCCUGAUGACUCUCUACGUACAAUUUAUACUGUCUCGAUUUAAUUGGGUAGAAUAUCGUUUUUGCUUGACAACAGCGGGACUAUUGUGUGUUGGCGGAGCUUUUAUCGUAGCAGUUGGUGCAUGCUCUCUAUUCAGAGUACCAUUUGGUCCAGUCCACUCAUCAUUACCCUUGAUGCUGCUGGGUCUUGGUGUCGAUGAUAUUUUUGUGAUGAUGGCAUCGUGGAAGGAGUUGAUGAGCGUUCAAGAACAUAGAGAGAAGUCAGUGGAGCAGAGAAUUGCCAUGAUGUUGAGCCAUGCUGGAGCUGCCAUUUGCAUCACUUCGUUGACAGAUGUAGUCGCUUUCGUCAUUGGGGCAUCCACUAUUCUACCUUCGCUGGAAUCUUUCUGCAUUUAUGCAGCAGUUGGGGUUCUCGUGACAUUUCUCCUCCAGAUCACCUUCUUCGUACCUUUUUUCUCGUUGGACGUGAAAAGAGUCGAGAGCCAGAGAAACGGAAUGUUCCCCUGUAUAAUUCAUGAGAAAUACGAACCGUCCACUAGGAAUUCUAGGGAAUCAAGAGUAUCACGUAUCAUAGACUACCUCUAUUCGAGAAUAGUGCUGACUCUGCCUGGGAAACUGUUGGUGUUGGGGAUCACUUUAGGCAUUACCACUGUCGCCGUGAUGGGAACCCUUCAGCUGCAGCAGUGGUUCGACAUGAACUGGUUCCUUCCUGAGGGGUCGUAUCUGCAGGAAUUUAUCUCUGUUCGAAACGCACAAUUUCCUAACAAGGGAUAUCCGUCCAUGGCGAUCCUUGGGGAUUUGGAUUAUCAUUCUGAGCUGCCUAGAAUCAUUGAUUUCACCGAUACUCUCGGGAAUUUAUCGACUAUUGAUCAUGUUGAGUCGUGGCCACAUGAUUUCGCUGAUUUCGUGAUGAUGUAUUAUGAGAAAGAUGUCAGAAAUAACACUUUGAAUUCCGAAGAAUUUCAAUUCUACCUCUCGAAGUUUCUCUUCAGCCAAAUGGGUGGAAAAUACCAAGGGAAUUUUCAUUUCUCCUCGAACAUCACCUGUGGACAGAGCGCUCCAAGAGUAAAAGUAUCAAGCAUCAAUUUCGCUUUUAAAAGCUUCGCUGGGCCUGAUCAAUGGCUGCCAGCAAUGGACAAUGCUAAAUCGACAUUAGCCGAUGCCAAUAUCAAUGGAUUUACGUUCAUCUGGAGCACUGUGUUCGGUGCUUGGGUGACAGAUAAGGUAAUUGCAACUGAAGUGACUAGAAAUAUAUUCCUCGCUCUCAUCUGCGUGAUGGGGACCACAUCACUGCUGAUUGCCGAACCACAGACGUGCUUUUGGAUUCUUCUGUGCGUCAGCUUGACACUCGUUGACAUCUGUGGAUUUAUGUAUUAUUGGGGAUUGAGUAUCGACAUCGUUUCUUGUAUUGGUCUCGAAUUGGCAGUUGGACUGAGCGUAGACUACGCAGCGCACGUAGCCCAUGCCUUCCUCCACAGCAAGUCCCCAAAAAACGGUGAAAAUCGUCACACAAGAGCAGUAAACGCUGUAAGACACAUAGGAGUAGCUGUAAUUUGUGGUGCUGGAUCCAUGUUGCUCUCUCAACUCCCUCUGAUAUUCUCAGAAGCCUACGUUUUCAAAACCUUCUUCAAGAUCUUCUUCCUGGCCAUCACCUUCGGUCUCUGGCACGGUCUACUCUUCCUCCCCGUGAUUCUCAGUACAAUUGGCCCAAAAAGCCUGCACAACAAUGACAAAAAUGUAAUAGAGACUGAGCUCAAUACUAUUACCAAAGAUAUUGACGCACAAUUGCCAUUAAAUCCCGUAAAAACUAACGAUUAAUAAAAAAUCAAUUGAUCAUUAUCAAUAAUAUUUAUUUUUGGUUCAAUAAACAUACAAAAUUAUUACACUAUUCAUACUAUUAAUCACACAUUUAUACAAAAAUAAUAAUAAUCAAAAAGUAAAUUGGAUAACUUAAAAUUAAAACGGUAUUAUUUAUAUAUAUUUAUAAUAUUUUAAGAUUUAAAAACAAGUACAAAAUUAUUCGUUCCCAAGGAUGCUCAUAAUUUUUAUAUUAUUUCUUGUUCUUGCUCUUGUUCUAUUCCCAAUAUUUUCUGUUAUUCAUUCGAUUAUCCUUCAUUGAUAUAAAAAAAAGAUAUUGAACGGAAGAUAAAAAUUAAAAACAUGACUAUCAUUAAACGGAAUAUGUAAACAUGUGAAUUGGAUGCAUUAUUAUUUUCACCUUC